UGUGUUGCAAGAAGUUUGUACUCACACUGAGGUCAGCAGCUUGCCUGCUCACGUGACCUGGCCAGUAUAAAGCUGGAUGCAAGAGCCAGGCAGCCCAGCUCAGGCGUUUCACAGUGUCCUGGGAGCAGAAGGGAAGGAGGAAAGCAAGAGCAAGAAAAAACAACUGGGACACGGAGUAGGAAAAGAAGUGGAGAAACAUGGAAACUUCCCAGACACACAGCUCUGAAAGCAUGUCACGGGACCUGUCAGAACUCAUGAAGGAAGCCACCAAGGAGGUGCACGAGCAGGCAGAGAACACGCUGUUUAUGAAAAACUUCCAGAAGGGGCAGGUGUCACUGCAUGAAUUUAAGCUGGUUGCUGCCUCCCUGUAUUUCAUCUACUCUGCUCUGGAGGAAGAGAUUGAGCGUAACAAGGACAACCCAGUUUAUGCCCCUGUUUAUUUUCCGGCGGAGCUGCACCGGAAAGCUGCCUUGGAGAAAGACUUGGAGUACUUCUAUGGCAGCAAUUGGAGGGAAGAGAUCCCAUGUCCUGAGGCUACUCAGAAAUACGUAGAGAGACUCCACUACGUAGGCAAGAACCAUCCAGAGCUCCUGGUGGCCCAUGCCUACACUCGGUACUUGGGAGACCUGUCUGGGGGACAAGUGCUGAAGAAAAUCGCCCAAAAGGCCCUGCAGCUGCCCAGCACUGGAGAAGGGCUGGCUUUCUUCACCUUCGAUGGAGUAUCUAAUGCCACCAAGUUCAAACAGCUGUAUCGCUCCCGCAUGAAUGUCCUUGAGAUGGAUCUUGCCACUAAGAAAAGAGUCUUGGAGGAAGCCAAGAAGGCAUUCCUGCUAAAUAUACAAGUGUUUGAGGCACUGCAGGAGCUGGUGUCUAAGUGCCAGGAGAAUGGACGCCCUGUGCAGCUGAAGACAGAGCUUCGCACAAGGAAUGCUAACAAAUCAUAUGAACAUGGUCCAGUGUCUGGGAAAGAAAGAGAGAGGACAAAUACGAGACACACAGAAAUGCUCCCCAUCACUCCCCUUGUGCGGUGGAUCCUUGCACUCAGCUUCCUCGCCACAACAGUCGCCGUGGGCUUAUUUGCCAUGUGAACAAAUAGGACCUUCACCUUCUCUUCAUGCCUUCCCUCACCAUGAACUAAUCUAUCUUCCUCAGUCCUUCUGAGAGAAAUUCUCCUUGGCUGGGUGCUGUGAUCUUGGCUUUGUCACUAACAUUAGGAGAGUCACUAACAUCUCUCCCCAGAAAGCAAAGAGAGUGCUAAGGGGGUUCAGGAAAAGUCUCUCCUGUGCUUCGUGUGAGCUAUGCCAGAGACUAAAUUCAUCACCAGAACAUAAGGGCAGAAAAGACCUAAAAGCAAUGAUCGGGAAUUGUCAUUGCUCUGUAGAGCUCCUGCAAAAAUUCUACAGGAUCAGAAAUGCUUGUUUGACAUCUUGCCUCCCCUCAGAAAUAGAAAGCUCCCCGGAACUGUUUGCUCAAUAUUUUAUACUGCUAGCCGAUACUGUGAUCACUGUUUCUGUGGAGCCACAAGGUUCCUCUAGGUUACAGACUGUUUUAUAUGUCACUGGUAGGUUAAAUCUUUUUCAAAUCAUUUUUGAUUUUUAAAAAGCAGAAUAUGGCUGUUGAAGAUACAGUGUUGUUCUUUUGUCUUGUUAUAUAAUUUAUAUACAUAAUAAACAUCAGUGUAAAGUC